AUGCACCGUUGGCGUCCAACGCAUUGCACGCUUCAGCUCAACUUCCUGCGCCCUAGUGAAUGUGGCGAGGGCCAACCUCAGGUUCUGCGAGCGGGAGAUGCCUACAGUGGGACGUCCACCAUCCGUUAUUUGCGCUGCGACUCUAAGAAAGACGAAGGCAGCACCUCACCAGCGGUGGGUUCGCCCACCCGUAACGAGCCGAACGUUGCAAUCCCACGCAAAGAGGACGGGCUGCACUUCCACGCCAUAACAAACAUCCCGCAUAGCCUCCCGAAGGCCUUGCCCCUCACGCUGCAAUCCAUGAAGGUGCAGAUGGCAUCGCAACGCAGCGGAGCCGCGUCUCUAAAAGUGUUGAAGGUUGUGGACGAAAGCAACAGCAUCAGUGAUGGUAAUAAAAAUAAUAGUGGAACCGGCCCAACUGGGGCGAGUAGGAGCGAUAAGCACGUAAAGAACUGCGAGGCACGGAAGCGUGAAAAGCAGUUCCUGAAGAAAAAGCAGCGUUGCAAAAACAGUGAUGAGCACAACAGCAUGGGAGGAGAUGGAAGUUGUGAACAGCAGGCCGACGACCCAGGAUCGAAAUAUGUCUAUUUCGAAGGAGGAGCGGACAUGCCGGCAGGUUCGACAGUCCUCUUGUCCAUAGCAUUCACCGGAAGGGUGCAGGCAUGGGACCAAGGUGGCAUUUACGCCGGGGAGCAGAGGGAGGGAGGGGCAGGUUCACGAGUUCUACUCACACAUUUUGAGGUUGCCUUGGCUCGCUUGGCUUUUCCAUGUCCUGAUGAUCCACAAGAGUACCGUAUCGUAUGGCAAUUGCAAUUACUGCAAUUACCGGCGGAGUACAACAUGGUGGUGAGCAACACAACUGAGAUUACAAAGAAGGCUGUGGGAAGCAGAGGCAUGCAGUACUCGUUCGCUCCCAUUGGACCACUGCCCGCCUAUGUGAUUGCCUUCGCUGCCUUCGCAGGAGCAGUUGAGGUGCUAGAAGAAGACUUGCAGCUGCGCGGACUCCCGGCCGUCGAGUACAUCGAGCAAACUACUAAUGGUAAGAGUCUUUCUGGCCACGAUGGUAAGGGCAACCACGCGAUGAGGACAGUAACGAUGCGGGUUGUCACUCAUGCGACGAGCGGGGUGGCUCCACCUGUACUCGCGCAAGUGGCCCACACGGCACGUGAUGCCAUCCGGCUACUGGAAGACUUUUUCGACUCACCGAUACCUCUCCAACAGCUGCCGUUCUGUUCCUCACAUUCUUCAAACGACCACUGGGGUAGCGAUUAUUACUGUUGUGAGUGGCAGCAGUAUGGAGGGGGUGAAACACUAACUAUUGUCGUCGCACCAACAAUGCCGUACAUCUCGGGCAUGGAGCAUCAUGGUUGUAUCUUUCUUAAUGAAUCCAUCUACAGUCUUACGCAGUCCGUCGGAGGCACAGGUGCCAGAGGAGCAUCAAGGUCUAACGCACCGGGUUCCGAGACCGUCGUCGAGGUGGAACGUGUGGAGCUUAUCGUGCACGAGCUUGUGCAUCAUUGGGUGGGGAAUGCCCUCGGAAUGCCCUUUGUACUCAAAGAGGGCGUCUGUCAGUUAAUGGAGCAGUGUCUUGGCGAUGUGAUUAUGGGAAGGCCCAUGAGAAAAGUGAGGCCUGCUGCGACGGGUGCCAACACGACAGCGUCUAACAUCAACACGGACUCGGCAAAAACGCGGGCGGAUGACGCGAAUUUGGUAAUUGUGGAUGCGGAAAAGGGAAAGGAGUUCACAUUCCACUCCUAUCAAAAGGCGCUAAACACACUGAGGAAUGUGGUGAGCGUUAUGGGGUUUAACGUAUUCAAGGAGCGGAUGCAACGGAUGUACGCGUCGGAAGUGCUCGAGGACGCAAGAAGUAAAACCUCGUCGCUUCCACCGUAUGUAUCAGCAACAAAAUUCAUGGCCUACAUGAAUCCGCAAGAUGCUGCGCUGUACUGUACGUGA